GGAGGCGGAGGCGGAGGCGGCAGCGGGGAGGGCGGGCGGCGCGGCCGCGGAGCCGCCCCGCGGGGCGUGCCCGGCGCGGACGGCUCGGAGGCGGCUGCCCGAGGUCAUGUGGAACAAUAUCACUUUGUGCUCUGUUUGCAAGUUCUUCCCUAGCUCUUUACUGUUUUCAAGAUCUCGAACUUUAUAUCAUGUGUUCAAAAGAAAGUAUAAGGACUUGUGUAAAGAUGAACAAACAGCACAGAUACUACAGGAUGGGUCUUGUCAAGUUGUGAAAAGGACUUGCAACAUGCUUCCCAGUCGUUUAGUAAGUAAUAAAGCAAAAUAUAGACGGUAUACAAAAACUUACCCUGUUUUAGAUGGACGUAUCCCAGCUGUAUAUCAACAUGUGUUUGAAGAAAAUUUGAGGAACAGUGAGGCUGUUAUUCAAAGAUAUUCAGAAUUGCUAGAGAUGGUCAGUAAAGGAGGAGGAGAAAAUUCCAUCUUGCGCCAUACCCAGAGAAACAAGAAGCUGUUUGUUCGCGAACGCCUGAAAAUGCUCCUUGACGAUGAGUCUUUUCUUGAGUUGUCUCCUCUUGCAGGCCUCAAUAUGCCAUAUGGUGACGUCCCUGCUGCUGGAUGCCUUACUGGAAUUGGAAAAAUCUGUGGGGUCUGGUGUGUCUUCAUGGCAAAUGAUGCAACUGUAAAAGGAGGAACUAUUUACCCAAUUGGAGUGAAGAAACAAUUAAGAGCGCAGGAAAUAGCCAUGCAGAAUAGACUUUUGUCUGUGUACCUAGUUGACAGCGGGGGAGCAUUCCUACCACUGCAGUCAGAGCUGUUUCCUGACAAGUCAGAUGGUGGUAGAGUUUUCUACAAUGAAGCAAUAAUGUCUGCCAUGAAAAUCCCUCAGGUUGCAGUAGUGUGUGGAUCCUGUGUAGCUGGCGGUGCCUAUGUUCCAACCAUGGCAGAGGAAACUGUGAUUGUAGAUAAAAUUGGUACGCUGUUCCUUGCUGGCCCACCUCUGGUAAAAGCUGCUACAGGAGAAAAUGUCUCUCCCGAGGACCUAGGAGGAGCCAGACUUCACUCUAAAGUCAGUGGCUGUAGUGACCAUUUUGCACCUUCAGAGAAGGAAGCCUAUGAAUGUGUUCGAAAUAUUAUCUCAACGUUAAAUUACGAGCCUCUGCCGGAGGAGGUCAUGGAGUAUGAUGAUCCUCUGUAUAGUUCUGAUGAGCUCUUGGGGCUGGCACCACAAGGUUAUGAGUAUACUCUUCCUGUAAAAUUGAUUGUGAGCCGUCUGAUGGAUGGAAGCAGAUUCCAGGAAUUCAAGGCUGAUUAUGGAACAACAUUAGUAACAGGAUUUGGCCAUGUGGAAGGGCACUUGGUGGGGAUAGUGGCCAGCAAUGGGGAACUUUCUCACGAUGCUUCUCUCAAGGGUAGCCAUUUCGUACAGCUGUGCAGUCAGCGGAGCAUUCCCAUCCUCUUUUUCCAAAAUACUGCUCCACACGCAGCAGAGCCAACAAGCAUUUUGCAGGCAGAAGCUCACACCAACAGAUUAAAAGCCCAGGCCUCCAUGAUGGCUGCUGUUGCUUGUGCUGCUGUCCCCAAAAUAACCAUUGUAAUUGGUGGAUGUUAUGGGAGUGAAAGUUAUGUUAUGUGUGGGAGAUCGUUCAGUCCAAACUUCUUGUUCUUGUGGCCUAAUGCAAGAGUUGCUCUUGUGGAUUCGAGACACUUCUCCACAAUCCCAAAAGCUGACGACAGUGACUGUAAAGGAGAUGAAUUGGAACUAAGCCAUCUAAAAGAAAAGCUAGAGGAAGAAAGCAGUGCAUUUUAUUCUUCUGCCAGACUCUGGGAUGAUGGUGUAAUUCUACCUCAAAAUACUAGAAAGGUGGUUGCACAGUGCCUAGAAAUUAUAAAACAGCAGAAAUACCAGGUCAUAUCUCCGUGUCAAUAUCCUGUCAUCAGAAUGUAAUUGCAGUCUGCCAUUUUCAAGUAACUGGCCUUUAAAGAAUACUCAUACCGCAGUGGUAACUUUAAAUGUAAAUAACUUUCUAAUUCUUUGAUACCAUUAAUAAAACAGUUAAACCAUGAGCAGGCAAACAAGAAUCCUGGAUUUUAAGUCGAUUUGCAGUAAGUUUGUAUUUUGAAUCAUAGUUUCUUACUAUAUGAGUUGAGAUUUUUAUUUUGUGAAAAGGAAAGUUUAAUCUGUGGCUCUGUAGUACUCUAAUGAAGCAAACUCAUCCCGAACCAUAACAAUUGUUUGAUUAUUUUUAUUCAUGUUUUAUUAUGAAAUGCAGAACUAAAGAAAAUGUACUUUGACAAAAAAACAGGAAAGAGAAAACACAGAAGCUAUUACUCUAUCUAGACAGUAGGAGUUUUCAGGAAUGUAAAUGUUGGCAGCGGACAAAAUGCUGCCUGCAUCAAUGCCUUUGACUUAGUGCCUGGCUGACAAGUCUGGAUUUGCAGAACAGCUAGGGAAAGGCAAUGAACAAGAUGGGUGGUUUUAUGAUGGCUUUGCUCAGAUUGCUCUGAGAAUACUCAUACAGUGACCAGGAGCUGGUUUAAAUCCUUCAAAAUCACUUCAAAACAGGAUAAAAUUACCUCUUCUUGGAGCAUGUAACAGAAGGAACACGUAGUCUGUUCUGUGUCAUGUUACCAUGCUGACAAAUACAGAGUUUACACUGUGCCAUUUCAUGCAUCUUUCACUUUGCUGCAAAGUUUAAUCUUGUAAAAUAAGACUUUUGUGUUAUUUUAAAUGAAUUCUUAGAGCAGCACAUUUUUAAACUUUGUCAAAGGGUAUAUAUGAAAGUUAUCUGGGUAAGCAUUUUAGAGAAUCAUCAAGGAAAUUGAAACACUUAAUCCUAAUUAACUAACUAUGCAAAUAAAAGAUAUUGAAGGAA